ACCUGCGCGCUCACUCGGGCCUUGGCAUCUCCGCCCACCGUGCCGGCUCCCGCGUUGAACUCGAAAUGCCUGUCUGGGGAGGAGGAAACAAGUGUGGGGCCUGUGGGAGGACUGUCUACCACGCGGAAGAGGUACAAUGUGACGGGAGGAGCUUCCACCGCUGCUGCUUUCUAUGUAUGGUCUGCAGGAAAAAUUUAGAUAGCACAACAGUGGCAAUUCAUGAUGAAGAGAUCUACUGCAAAUCCUGCUAUGGAAAGAAGUACGGGCCAAAAGGCUAUGGCUACGGCCAGGGUGCUGGCACGCUCAAUAUGGACCAUGGUGAGAGGCUGGGCAUCAAGCCAGAAAGUGUUCAACCUCACAGUCCUACAACAAAUCCAAAUACUUCUAAAUUUGCUCAGAAAUACGGAGGUGCUGAGAAAUGCUCCAGAUGCGGAGAUUCCGUAUACGCCGCUGAGAAGAUAAUUGGCGCUGGGAAGCCCUGGCAUAAAAACUGUUUCCGAUGUGCCAAGUGUGGGAAGAGUCUUGAAUCGACCACUUUGACUGAGAAGGAAGGUGAAAUCUAUUGCAAAGGAUGUUAUGCAAAGAACUUUGGGCCCAAGGGAUUUGGCUAUGGCCAAGGAGCUGGAGCCCUUGUUCAUACUCAGUAAAAGUGUAAACCCCAGAACUGAGCAUCACACACAGAUAAUCUCAUGUAAUCUCUUAAAACUAAACUACUGUGAAAUGCUACCAGCAUACAAGUACUGUAUAUUACUCUAUACUUGGGACAGGCUGGUUAACUUGUAGAAAGAGAGCACUGUAUCCUUCUGCUUUACUCACCAGCAUUUUAAAGAACCAUUUCUUUUACAUUUUAAAUAAAACUUGAGCUUUGUUUGGGUGUUCAGUGUCUUUCAAUUAACGUUUUAGAUGAACGUUGUGAUUUCAGUUACUGGAAAAUCAUUUGGCUUCCUACCUCCAUUUUGUUAACGAGUUAACCUCAUUACCCAGUUGACUCACUAGGUUAAUAGUUUAUAGCUGUAGGAAGGGGUAUCUAUCUUUUUCAAGCUGGUAAUAACUAUGUCUCAAGAGUGAGGGUUGGCAGGCAAUGGGCAUCACCAUUUCAGCCCCCUCAGAGUUGGCAGUCAACAGUGCAGCAUCUGCUGCCUGCCUGCCCUACUGUAGCCUGGUGCAGAGUUUCCCAAAGUAUGCCUUGCAGACAACCUGUAUGUAUCAGGAUCACUUGCAGGUAUUAAAAGGCAGAUUCCUAGGCUCCACUUCAUCCCCACAGAAGCAGAAUCUCUAGAUGUGUGGCCAAAAAUCUUUUAACAAGUUCCCCAGAAA